UGCCCUGCUGAAACACCUGAAGGACAGGCUUGUGGUCUAGUGAAAAACCUGGCGCUCAUGGUCUACAUAACAGUUGGGUCAGCUGCUUAUCCCAUCUUGGAAUUUUUGGAAGAAUGGGGAACUGAGAAUUUUGAGGAAAUCUCUCCAUCAGUUAUUCCCAAAGCCACAAAAAUAUUCGUCAAUGGAAUGUGGGUUGGAGUUCAUCGAGAUCCUGACAUGUUGGUAAAAACCUUGAGACGUUUGAGAAGAAGGGUUGAUGUGAACACUGAAGUUAGCGUUGUUAGAGAUAUUCGUCUGAAAGA